AUGUCAUAUAUAUCACAUGAUAAUAUUCAAUCAUGCCUGUUAAAUACCGACAAUAGUAAAAUAGAAAUUGUGAUUAAAAGAUCCGAUUGUAUCCACACUAUUUCAUUCCCACCCCGUACGGUUCAGCGAGUUGUUGACACAAGUAAUUCAAAAGCACCGAACUACAGCUUGAUUUAUAAAGCUUCCUUGACGGAUGCAUCGUUGCCGAAACCGUGCAAGAAUCCAAACUGCUUGCUCGUAAAUAUUCAAUUUGUUGAUUAUUCUAAACUAUUCAGCGUUACUUGGAAGGAAGCUGGUCACGAUGUUAAAGCACUUUUUAAAAAAAUAGAAGAAGAAGCGAAUGAAAUAAUUUCAAAUUCAACUGGGAGCAACCGACAUUUCGUUCAUUAUGGACUCGCUCAAAAUAAUUUAUGCCUCGACUUAGAUGAAAAUGAACCCGCUCAAAAGAAUAAUUCCGAUUUAAGCCUCGACUUAGAUGAAAAUGACCCCGUUUAUGGAGAAUACCUUAAUCAAGCACGUAGGUUUACCAAUGAAGGUUCAGUGGAUACGGAUUUAUUUCAACAUUUCAGCACAAUGGAUACGGGGUUAUUCCAACCACACUAUGUGGCUAAUCCCACAUUUGACAAUGACCCCGCUUAUGAAUACCUUAAUCAAGUAUGUAGGUUUAUCAAUGAAGGUUCAGUGGAUACGAAUUUAUUUCAGCACAGUGGAUAA